AACCUUAAUUCUUUUUAUUCUUCUCUAUUGCCGCGAGUGCACCGUUAUAUUUCCCGUUGUUUUUGGACUGGAAGACAAUCGGAGUUCACAAUGGCGUUCUUCAUCGAUGGAAAGGAUUGCAUGAUCUCGGAAUGGAUCUUGCUGGCAGCCUCUUAUGUCUUCGUCGGUCUUCGUAUCUACGCGCGUCUCUUCCGUGCGCGUGAGAAGUUGGCUUGGUCCGAUUACCUUCUUCUUCUGUCCGCCGUUAAUGCUCUCGCCCUCAUCAUCUGCGACACUCUGACUUUCCAGAUGGGUGUCAUGGAUGAGUAUGAGACAUCUGUCAAGCUCUCCAAGAUCUCCUUCGCUUCCAACUACUUUUACGAUGUCGGCAUGGGUUUCCCCAAGAUGAGCAUGCUUGCUUUUUACUGGGCCUACUUCCUCCCCUCCACCGGCAUGGGCUCCGGUAUGCGAAAGGCUCUGUAUGGCAUCACUGCCUUUGUCUGCGCAUCAUACAUGGCGAUCCUUUGGGACGACACUUUCUUCUGUGGAAAGGAUGUUUCCAUUCAGUGGUCUCAGGAGGAGGGUGCUUGCAGUGUCUUCUAUGCACCUGAGCCCUUCAUUCUCAACUUUACCCUGAACUUGGCCUGUUAUCUUGCCGUAUACGCCCUCCCUCUCAUCCUGCUGGUCCAGGGUGUUCUUCAGCCUUCCAAGGGUGUCACUUUUACCUUUGUCCUUGGUGCUCUGACUAUCUGCACUACUAUUGUGCGAUUUGUGACUCUCAAGGUUGGCACUGGCCAAGAGAAUCUUGUUUACCCUAUGAGUAUGCUUGAAAUGGCACUUGCUAUUACUGUCGUCGCCCUACCAGGCUUGAAGCCACUUGUAGAUCGCUCCCCAAAGCAUGAGACGAGGAGCGAGGUGUUUGAGAUCAAGAACUAA